UACAGCUGUAGUAGCUAACAGCUCCAGCUAUGCGUGUACCACAGUCGAGUACUGGCUGCGACGAUUAAUACGUGGUCUGUCACAAAGAUUGCUAGCUGACAAAGGGAGAUAAUUACUUCAACGUCAUGAUAUAUCUAUAAGGAAAUCCAAAUAGAUCGAACUCCUCUUUAAGCGAUCGGCGAUUAACGGUGAGAAAGGCGUUGGAGAGUUGAAAGCCAGUAUCAAUACUGUGGCUACCAAGGAGAUCAGGUUUAAAAACAUUACACAUAAUCCUGAAGAGGUACAAGUUACAAGUUACAAAGGGAUAUUAGUACCAGUUACGUGGAUGUAAAUCAACAACAGCGAAAUAAUGGGUGCCUUCCCUCCUGUCACAAAACUAUCUGCUGCUGUGUUAGGUUUAACAGUCGGGCUUUCUUUGGCGUCCAUUUGUGUUGUGUUCUUUAGAAUCGAACAUUCUGACUUUCAUUUCGUCUCAUCUUUUGUGAACACGGUAAAUUCACAAGCUGUUCAUGCAAGAGAGAUGCAGAAUCAAUCGAAGGACCUACACGAAGAAUUUCAGAAGUCUUUGGGACAAUACUUGUCUGGAAAUAUCAAAUUUGAGGACCUGCAUCUCCAUAAAGAUAGUGAUGUCAUAUCCAAGGCUCUGUAUCAAAAGGAGCGAGUACUGUGCUGGAUUAUGACGUCACCAAAGAACCUGGAUGUUAAAGCACGUGUAGUUCGUGACACGUGGACAAGGCGCUGCAACAAAGUCCUCUUCAUGAGCUCUGUGACAGAUCCAAAGUUCCCUACAGUCGGAUUAAACGUAUCGGAAGGGCGGGAGCAUCUGACGGCCAAAACGACGCAGGCUUUCCGCUACAUCUACGAAAACCACUUUGAUGAUGCUGACUGGUUCAUGAAAGCUGACGAUGACACAUAUGUUAUUUUAGAAAAUCUCCGAUACUUUUUGACGUCCCAAAACAAAUCCGAACCUGUAUUUUUUGGCCAUCAUUUUAAGGUAAUAUUAAAACAAGGGUUCUACAGUGGCGGAGGAGGGUAUGUGCUGAGUAAGGAGGCGUUGAGGAGAUAUGGGGAGAAGGGACACGAUCCCAAACUGUGCAGGCAUGAUGGUGGUGCAGAAGAUGUAGAGUUCGGCAGAUGUAUGGAGAACCUGGGGGUGAGGACAGUCAACACAACAGACGCUCUCGGGAGGAGCAGAUUCCAUUGUUUUCGGCCAGAGGCACACGUGGUGGGUCACUACCCAGAGUGGUUUUACAAGUACGAUGCAAAUGGUGCUAAGAAGGGUAUAGAGAGCAUCUCCGACUACGCAAUAACCUUCCACUACGUGCCCCCACAGAAGAUGUACGAUCUGGAGUUUUACAUCUACCACUUACGACCGUAUGGCAUUGUGUCCGGCACUCAAGUUCUCAACAGAAAAGAGAAGGUGAAACCCGGAACUCAGGAGAUCAAUAUAUAAGUGAAGUAACGCAGAUGACGUCAUUCGUCUGAUGUCUUGUUCAACUGGAGUGUUCCACCAAGUAUUUGGUAUUGUUAGCAUGUUUCCGUGUGCAUUAAAAAACAUCACUACUAUUGGUCAUAUAUAUAGCUAUUAUGAUGAUGUAACAAAUCGAUACGAUUACUUAAAGACACUAUGCCACUAUUAUACUGUCACUGGGAAGCCUGUUCCAUAUGUUGCAUGUGGCACACGUUGCGGAACAAAGAGCUUCAACGUGUUUCCCAUAUGGUUCACUACUUGUCACAAAGAACGGCCUCUCUGUACGUGCGUAACCAACACUGACAGCUGUAAUUACUUACAUCUACUAUUGGUGUUAGUGACAAAUAUUCUGUUACUAAUAUUCCUGUGUAAGGACAAGAUUAUCUCAUUUGGUGAUGGUUUUUAAGGUGUUGCUGGUGAUUUUAAUCUAACCCCCCAACCUCCCUUGGAUACAUUUAAUUAUCAUCACUUAAACAAUCCUAAUGCUCGAAAUCAGGUUUUGGAUACAAUGGGGGAGCUCGAUCUCGUUGAUGUUUGAAGAGACUAUAAUCCCGGCCUUUCAAAAUUC